GAGCCAAAAUGUCUGAGAAAAUGUCCAGCUUUCUGUAUAUCGGGGACAUCGUGUCCCUGUACGCGGAGGGCUCGGUCAACGGAUUCAUCAGCACCUUGGGGUUAGUGGAUGACAGAUGUGUGGUUCAGCCGGAUGCAGGUGACCUUGCUAACCCUCCAAAGAAGUUCAGAGACUGCCUUUUCAAGGUGUGUCCUAUGAACCGAUAUUCAGCCCAGAAGCAAUACUGGAAAGCCAAGCAAGCCAAACAGGGAAACCAUACAGAAGCAGCACUGCUGAAGAAACUCCAACAUGCAGCAGAAUUGGAACAAAAGCAGAAUGAAAGUGAGAACAGAAAGCUGUUGGGAGAAAUCGUAAAAUAUAGCAAUGUCAUACAGUUGCUGCAUAUAAAAAGUAACAAAUAUCUCACAGUCAACAAGAGAUUGCCAGCACUGCUAGAGAAGAAUGCCAUGCGGGUGUCUCUGGAUGCUGCAGGGAAUGAAGGAUCCUGGUUUUAUAUCCAGCCUUUUUGGAAACUGAGGAGUGAAGGUGACAAUGUUGUCGUGGGAGACAAAGUUGUCCUGAUGCCAGUAAAUGCAGGGCAGCCUCUGCAUGCCAGCAACAUUGAGCUUCUAGAUAAUCCCGGCUGCAAAGAGGUAAAUGCUGUUAACUGCAACACAAGCUGGAAAAUAACUUUGUUCAUGAAAUUCAGUAGUUACCGAGAUGAUGUGCUGAAAGGAGGAGAUGUUGUCAGAUUGUUUCAUGCAGAGCAAGAGAAGUUUCUGACCUGUGAUGAAUACGAGAAGAAGCAACAUAUUUUCCUUCGUACUACGUUGCGUCAAUCAGCCACUUCUGCAACAAGCUCUAAAGCACUGUGGGAAAUAGAGGUUGUGCAUCAUGACCCUUGCCGGGGAGGGGCAGGACAGUGGAAUAGCUUGUUUAGAUUUAAGCAUUUGGCAACUGGCAACUACUUAGCUGCGGAGCUUAACCCACACUAUCCGGAAGGUAAUAAUGAAGGAAAAGCUUUGCAGAGAGACGGCGACCUUCCUGCUUCAAAGAAGAAACGCCAGGCAGGGGAGAAGAUUAUGUACACUUUGGUCUCUGUGCCACAUGGAAAUGACAUUGCAUCUCUCUUUGAACUGGAUGCCACCACUCUUCAGAGAGCUGAUUGCCUCGUUCCAAGGAAUUCAUAUGUCCGACUGAGGCAUUUAUGCACUAAUACUUGGGUCACUAGUACUAGUAUUCCAAUAGAUACUGAUGAAGAGAGGCCUGUGAUGUUGAAGAUUGGGACAUGCCAAACCAAGGAAGACAAAGAAGCUUUUGCCAUCGUAUCUGUUCCUCUGUCGGAGGUCAGAGACUUGGACUUUGCCAACGACGCCAACAAGGUUUUAGCAUCCACUGUUAAAAAGCUGGAAAACGGAACAAUAACACAAAAUGAAAGGAGGUUUGUAACCAAGUUACUAGAAGAUCUCAUUUUCUUUGUUGCUGAUGUGGCUAAUAAUGGGCAGGAAGUUUUGGAUGUGGUCAUUACCAAGCCAAACCGGGAACGACAAAAAUUAAUGAGGGAACAAAAUAUACUGGCCCAGAUAUUUGGGAUCCUCAAAGCUCCUUUUAAGGACAAAGGUGAAGGCUCAAUGCUGAGACUCGAAGAUCUGGGUGAUCAGCGGUACGCUCCAUACAAAUAUAUGUUGCGGUUAUGUUACCGAGUUCUCAGGCAUUCCCAGCAAGACUAUAGGAAGAACCAGGAAUAUAUCGCAAAGAACUUCUGCGUCAUGCAGUCCCAGAUUGGUUAUGAUAUUCUGGCAGAAGACACCAUCACAGCUUUGUUGCACAACAACAGAAAACUGCUAGAGAAACACAUCACAGCUAAAGAAAUAGAGACGUUUGUUAAUUUACUCAGGAGAAAUCGAGAGCCAAGAUUCUUGGAUUAUCUGUCAGACCUGUGUGUAUCUAACACCACAGCAAUACCAGUAACUCAGGAACUCAUCUGCAAGUUUAUGCUGAGCCCAGGAAAUGCUGACAUUCUCAUUCAAACCAAACUGGUGUCGGCGCAGAUGGACAAUCCCUUGGAUUGCCCAGUCAUCGCAGACGACAUCGAUGAUGAAGAAGUGUGGCUGUACUGGAUUGACAGCAACAAAGAACCUCAUGGGAAAGCCAUCAGGCAUCUGGCUCAGGAGGCCAAAGAAGGCACAAAAGCUGAUUUAGAAGUUCUUACCUACUACAGGUAUCAGUUGAACCUCUUCGCAAGAAUGUGCCUGGACCGCCAAUAUCUGGCCAUCAACCAGAUUUCUGCACAGCUGUCAGUAGACUUGAUCUUACGAUGCAUGUCGGAUGAAAGCCUCCCUUUCGACCUCCGCGCUUCUUUCUGCCGGCUGAUGCUGCACAUGCAUGUGGACAGAGAUCCUCAGGAGUCUGUGGUGCCUGUCAGAUAUGCCAGGCUGUGGACUGAAAUUCCCACUAAGAUCACCAUCCACGAGUAUGAUUCUUUCACGGAUUCUUCGAGAAAUGAAAUGAAGAGGAAAUUUGCACUAACUAUGGAAUUUGUAGAAGAGUACUUGAAAGAAGUUGUAAACCAGCCCUUUCCUUUCGGAGACAAAGAGAAAAAUAAGCUUACAUUUGAGGUGGUGCAUCUGGCUCGAAAUCUCAUAUACUUUGGCUUUUAUAGCUUUAGUGAGCUUCUCAGACUGACCCGCACACUGCUGGCGAUUCUAGACAUAGUUCAAGUUCCUAUGUCGUCCUACUUUGAGAGGCUGAGCAAGUUUCAGGAUGGAGCCUCAUCCUUUAUACAGAUCCGUAGCAUUUUUGUUCCAACUAUGUUGGCCAUAGUUGUUUCCGUGGACACUCAUCCUGUAAACACUUUGGUUGAAAUGUGUCCUGAGUGCACAAGUUACCUGGGUCUGUGCAGG